GUUCCAGGCCAGUUGCAAUUAUAUUUUAGUAAGUGUCGGACGUGUUACAGUGAAAAUAAAAGUUGUUUACAUUUAGCUCAUAGUUAUAAAAAAUCUAAAUUUAAUAUUGUGUGAUAAUAAAAAUUGUGAUCGCUUGUACCCUUGACCUCCGAUCACAGACAGAAACCUUCAACGAGUCAAUUAUUGCCAGGAAAUAAACAGGCAAAAUGGCACCAAAUACAGAUCGAAAGCAAACUAGUUUCCCACACCUAAAGUAUCCAAUUUAUAGAGACAACGAUCCUAAAACAGCCUACCAAUGGUUAAAAGGAAAACAUCAAUUGGACGGCGCUGAAGGUCUGUGGAGAAUACACGAUUCACUUUACGACUUGACCGAUCUUAUUUCAACACAUCCUGGCGGCUCUCAAUGGAUAACUAUAACAAAAGGGACAGAUAUAACGGAGGCAUUCGAAACACACCACCUCCUUGGCGUCGCAGAAACUUUAUUGCCCAAAUAUUUUGUGAAAAAUGUAGACACGCCUAGAAAUUCUCCCUUCACAUUCAAAGAAGACGGAUUCUAUAAGACUUUGAAGAGCAAAAUACAAAAGAAAUAUCAAGAAUUACCAAAAGAUUUACGAAGAAAGAGUGACUUAGCUACUGAUUUCUUAUUAUUUUCUCUUCUGGUGUCAAGCCUUGCGAGUAGUUAUCUGUGGAAAGCUGAUUACGUAUUAGGAGGGAUUGCAACAGUCGUCACGGGGUAUAUUCUUAGCGCGCUCACCACUGCAGCUCAUAAUUACUUCCAUCGUGCUGACAACUGGCGAAUGUAUCUCUUCAAUUUCAGUGGAAUGUCAUACGAAGACUGGAGAAUAUCGCACGCUUUGUCGCAUCAUUUACAUACGAACACAGUAAACGAUUUGGAGCUGAGCAUGUUGGAGCCAUUCCUACAAUAUAUGCCUGCUAAGGAUAAACCUAUAUGGGCUCAAAUGGCUUCUUUUUAUUACCCUAUUAUAUUUGCUUUCGCUACAAUUGGAAUGUUUGUAAUAGAAUUAUUUACAGCGGUAAUAAAUAUGGACGGUAAAAAAUUAAGUUGGGCAAAUGCAGUACAAUUUUUCCUGCCAUUAUGGAUGUGGUGUUUCGGUGGGCUAUCUUUAUCCUAUACGUUAUUAUUAUGGUUUACAAUUACUGUAAUAAACAGCAUUUUCUUCAUGUGUUUCGGCUUAACAGCUGGUCACCACUCCCAUCAUAAUUUCUUUGAUGGAGACAUACCGAGAGACGAAUACUAUGAUUGGGGCAUUCAUCAGUUAGAUACAGUAUCUGAGAGAGUGGAUGAAACCGACAACCAUUUCAAGUCGCUAACUCGUUUCGGAUUUCAUGCACUUCAUCAUUUAUUUCCAACACUGGAUCAUGCGGAACUACAAUAUCUUUACCCGACUUUUCUCGAACAUUGUGAUAAAUUCGAUGUUAAAUAUCGCACAGCUAGUUAUAUGAAAUCAUUUAUUGAUCAUAGCAAACAAUUGAUAAGAAAACGACCGAAUUACUUUAGAGAUAUUACGAGUCAGACAACUUAUAAUACGUUAAAACAAUGAAAUUAAUAUUUUUAGUUUCAUACUAUUUUUCACCUAUGUUUCGGUGAAAUUCGAAAUUGUGAUGGAUGUGAAUCAAUUAUUUGGGUAAAAUAACUGUGAUGUUUAUAAAAAUAAAGCAAUUAAUGUGAAA